CUCAGAGGAAAAAAUUUGCUGCUCAUUUCCGCUCAUACUAACAGACUUGUUUACAAAUUUCUGAAUUGGAGUCAGUUGUCAGCAGAGGAGAUCUUUAGGAGAAUCUUUGGAUGUUAAAUACGAAAGUAACAGCCGUGUCUAAAGAACAAAGAUUUCAUUGAUUGUUCUGUCACAAAUUGAGGCCGCGCUCGGUUCGAAUUUUCUCACACGCAUAGUGCCACGUUCAAGGAACACGAAUUUUUAUUUCGACCUCGUAUGAUUCUCGCAAGAUUUCAAGACGUUUUGCGGCUCCGUUUGAAUCUUCAUCUACGUGGUCAAUUCUCAAUGCGUCGGAUCGCUUAUGCGGGCAACAGAAGUGGGAGUCCUCUUGGCAUGGAGUAGAAGCCGUCGACAGUUGUUUAACUACAAGGAACUCGUAAUUCGGGUCCCUGUUUCGUUGUGUCUCCUAGUUUUCUUAAUGCCUUUCACUCGCACUGCAAUAUCGGGUGUUGACGGAGAGAUCGAUAGCAAGUAUCGCCGUUGUUGCGGAAUGCCACUAAAUACCUCUUCGAAAUGCUGGACUGAAGCAGCUUGUAUUUGUGUGGAUUGUGAGAACCGCACGGAAGAUACCUCAUACGGCAUGGAAUUUUGUUCGUCUUUUCCUUUGAAUGGAAUUUUGAAAAACAGAACUAUUUGCCAAGAGUGGCAAAGCAUAAGCUUACUACAAAAGAAGGACAAAGAGGCUGAAAGAAACUACAAUAAUUUUGAAGGAAUUUUACAGCGUAUCGAUUGUGGGGAAAACUGGGAAACGUACACAUACUCUACAGCAUCAACAUGCCGCGGCUGUCUGGAAGCCUACAAGAACUGGAUUUGCUACACAAAAAUAUCUGAAGCUAUUGAUGAAAUUGAAGAUCAUUACAAGACCCACAAGAGAAAGCAAUGUUUGAAGUUUUGUGAGACUGUGUUACAGAAGUGCCCUUAUCUUCCACCAAACCCACCAGGUGAUGAAGACUUGGUGCAAGUAGGAUAUUCAGCUUUUAACUGCUAUAGUGCGGAAGAAUUGAUUGAAGGGAAUGGGAAUGAUGAAGAUUGCCGAUUAAGUUAUUUCAAUCCAAUGGAAAAAUGCAAGCAGAGCACAAGACUUAUUCAAUCAAUAGCUACUACAGUAACCCCAAGGACAGUAUCAGCCAGUAACUCAAUAUCAAACUCUACAAGUAAUGAUCGUAGAUAAUAUUGGCUUUAGGUUCUCUGAUUACAAUACUUUCCUCUGUGAAAACUUUUGUUAUGUAAAUUUUUUUAAGAUUCAGGGAUUGGUAACCAUUGUGUGCUAUAAAUAUGUAGCCAAAAACACUGUUAGAAAAAUUUUCCUCAAAUAUAUGAUAUGAGGCAAUUACAGUACUGCAUAAAUUGAGACUCUAGAUUAGGUAUUGAUCCUAAGAAGAAAAUUACUCUCGAAAAAAUGUUACAACUGCUCUGAACUUGGCUUAUGCAACUCUUUACUGAACAUGUAUAUUAGGGACUGACUUCCAAUGUCGGCAUUUAUAUUUUUAUAUUUAGACACAUAUUUUGAAAGAUAGCUCUGAUGUUUAUGAAAGGGAAGAUCUGUGACCAAGCCUUCAGGCAAGAAUAAUUUGGUAGAUCUCAUCUUAGCUGCUAAAGGUUUAGAAGGUAUAGAAGAUGAAAUAUUUUCUUUGUACAUUGUUCUACUAAAACAAGAGGUGUAAAUAUUCAUGUUAACAAGCUUUGUUAAUGUUUUAAUCUAUAAGGACAAAUGUCAUUAGGUUUCCACAUUUUAUGUCAUUUUAGUUUGUUUUUCAAAAGAUUUGUUUUUAUUUAUGCCAUAUGGAUGUACCCUCUGGGCUUUAUACAAAUUAUAUGCUUAGAACCCUUGAGCUCUGCAACACAGUACUGCUAUUAACACUUUCACUUCCAUGAGUGACCAAGAUAUAAUUUCUCCUUACUAUAUCUAUACAAUAUCCUACAGACAAGUGAUGAGAAUAAGAAAAAAUGUCAAUUAUGGGAUUACAAAUUGAUCCAAUACCAAAUUCUCCAAACUAACAUAAUGAGAAUUGUUUGGCAGACAGUAAGGAGAAUUACUAAGGAGAUCUUGGGAGUUAAAGGGUUAAAAUUGUUUUAAUUAUUCUUCACUCACUUUAAAAUGAAGGGGCACUAUGAAAUGGGAUUAAAUAUGGAGGAAAUUUCAUCUAAAUUGGUGAAACAACUUAUCUGGCAAGAGCUUAAGGAGAUGGAAACAUACAGUGUGUGCCAUUUUUUAAAUUAAGUAACAGAAUGAUUUUUAGCAUUGAUAUUAUUAUAACAAAGAAUUUACAAUCAUCUAAAAUUUUAUUUAUUUGUUUCCUCACACACAAGCAAACAGUAAUUAACAGAAAUUAACAUUAAGGCAAAUUAUUUCAAUGGUAUUCCACUUCAUUUUCUGUGCUUAUUUUUGAAAAAACAUUUAUGGAAAUUCACUAAUUCAAAUUGAAUUGAUUUCUUUAACUCGUGUAUUAUAAAAUAAUUAUUCUGAACUGUAAACAGAUGAUAUAUAAGUCUUGAAUAUUUGGUGUAAUAGUUAUAGGGGGUUAAGUUAAAGACUUUCCAGAGCACUUACAUGGUGAAGAGUAGUCCAUUUUACAGUUGCAUGCUUGGUUGCCAAGCCUUUGAACAGGAGUGAGGCUAAGGGUGACCUUGUUAUGAUACAAAUGUUGUUGCUUUUGAAAUGUGAAUUACUUUGUUAUCGUUCUAACUAGAUACUGGUCUCUAUCACAACAAGAUCACCUUCAGCUUCACUCCAAAUCAAAGGAUUGGCAACUAAGUAUAUAACUCUAAAAUGAACUAUUUACAAGGUUUUAUUGUGACUGGAGCAGGCACUUUAACUGAAGCCUGUCAUCUGCAGUCUAGCACUGCCUAUGUGCCAGUUCUCAUGAAUGGGUUUUGCCUUACAGCCUCUUUUUGUUUUCUCCAUUGGUGGCUGCUAAUGGAAAAAGUUAUUGAACUCUUGGAUUGCAGAGUGCUGAAUCAACAUAAUUGUACCAGAAUUGACCAGUUAAUAAAAUAUAUUUUAUACAUAAUAUAUACCAAAUUAUACAUAUUUCUGAAACAAAAAAGCUUCUCUCUGAAUUUGCAGCUUGGAAAUUUGGUUUGCUGUGCAAAUCAAGCAUUUUGCUAUUAGGUAAUUUAAUGACACAUUUUAAAGUAUCUACUGAAUUCUUAUAUGAAGAAUGUAGGGGGUCAUAUUCUGUCUCUAAAAUAAGCCCUGCAUAGUGUUGCUGUUUCUUCAUUGCAUUCAUUGAUGACAGUAUUGUAGGAGUAGUGUGCAGUUGUAGGUUUCAAAAUUCUAAUAAAGUAUGUAAGCUUGUAACAUUGCUUAGAAAUACAAAGUUUACCAACAUCA